AUGGACGAAGAUGUGGUAAACGAAGACGUGAUGGACGAAGACGUGAUGGACGAAGACGUGAUGGACGAAGACGUGAUGGACGAAGAUGUGGUGGACGAAGAUGUGGUGGACGAAGAUGUGGUGGACGAAGAUGUGGUGGACAGGUGGACAAAUGAUGUGGUGGAUGACGACAGGUGUUUGGUCUUCCUUUCUCUUGCCAGAUGUCUCUAGCGCCACUGCCCCGCCGUGAAGCGAGUGCCCCGUGCGUUUUGGCAGGUGUAAUAGCUCGCACCAGCCGAAA